GGACGCAGUCAAUUCCGAGCCAGUGCGAGCAAGCAAAGACUUUAAUGUCAAUUGCGUCGCUCUGUCUCCAAUUCAUAAGUCUCAGUUAUUAUCAGAUAUGUGAUAUAUAUGUGACAUGAAGCGUGACGUUCUGAUAACCCGAAGGCGGAGAUUAUUGAAAUUUAUCUCCUAUUUAUUUGACGUGGAAUUCAACGUUGAUGCUUAAUUCAUCUGUCUAUAAUUUGUGAUGGCAACGUCAAAGAAUUUAAUUAAUUUGUUAGAUGAUGCCGUGUCCGAGACUCUGACGGGAUUAUCUUACACAUAUCCGCAAUUAGAACAUCACGUAUCGCACAGAGUUGUAUUUUCAUCAGAUCAUAGGAAUCGUCGAGGUAAAGUGGCCUUGGUCUGCGGCGGCGGUAGUGGACACGAACCAUUUGCUGCAGGCUUUGUUGGCAGCGGUAUGUUGACGGCUUCUAUAGCGGGAUCUAUUUUUGCGGCGCCGCCAUCUACUCAUAUCACAUAUGCUCUUCGAUGUAUCGCGGAGAAUAACAAAGCUGGUAUUGUGGUCAUAGUACCUAAUUACACGGGGGAUUGUCUGAAUUUUGGCAUAGCGAUCGAGAAGACUCGACAAGCGGGCGUCACGGUGGAGGAGAUAAUCGUUGGCGAUGACUGCAGCAUUCCCGAAAGUGAACGGAGCACCGCUGGCAAACGCGGACUGGUGGGCAUGCUAUUUGUUAUCAAAAUUGCGGGUGCUUUCGCCGAAAAGGGUUUUCCUCUGUGUGAAGUAGCGGAAAUUGCGCGACGCGUUUCGCAAAGCACCGCGACUUACGGAAUCGGACUGACCGCAUGCGCUGUACCAGGUCAAGGUCUCAUGUUCGAGCUUGCACAGGAUGAGAUAGAGUGUGGAAUGGGUGUCCAUGGAGAAGCAGGAUACGAGAGAAUUAAACUCAAAACCGCAUCUGAACUGGUGACAUUAAUGCUAGAACGCAUUUGCAAAGUGUUAUCUUUAUCCCCUAAUGACUCGGUCGCAGUUAUAGUUAACAAUUUCGGUGCUUUAAGUCAAUUGGAACAAGGAAUCGUCGUUUGUGAAGUUGUAAAUCAACUAAAAAACAUAGGUAUACAGCCUGUUCGCGUCUAUUCCGGUAUUUUAAUGACAUCCUUAAAUAGCGUUGGAAUACACAUAAGUCUACUAAAGUUGACCGAAAGCCAUGGGGACGUAUUCGUCAAUUGUCUUGACGAAAAAACGAUGGCACCAUGCUGGCCAGGCUGUGCCUACAGCAUUCCCUCAACUUUAACCCCAAUGAGCAUCUCAUUAAAAGAUGCGGAGAAGGAAAAAGUAGAAAAGAUAGGAAUAUCGUUAAAUGUGCGCCAUCAGCGUCUGAUUGAAUCAUGUUUGAAAGACGCCUGCGCCGCUAUUAUCGAGAAAGAGGCGUAUCUCAACGGACUAGACCGCGGUUGCGGAGACGGAGAUUGUGGAUCGACAUUGAAACGAUUUGCCGAUGGUAUUUUGAGUAAUUUGGAUAAUUUAUCCUUGUCGCAUCCAGCGGCAUUAUUAUCGGAAAUAGCAAAUAUCGCGGAAGAAUGUAUGGGUGGGACUUCUGGAGCUUUAUAUUGUUUAUUUUUUACGACUGGCGCGAAAAUGUUGGCAUCAUUCAAGCAAGAGGAAGAUAUGCGACGCGUUUGGUUCGACGCAUUCCGCAGCGGAUUAAAUUGUCUAGAGAAAUACGGAAAAGCGAAAGUUGGCGACAGGACUAUGAUCGAUACAAUGUAUCCGGCGUAUAAAACAUACGAGCAAUUAUUAAAGGCAUCUCCGAGCGAUUUUUACAAUAGAAUAGCCGAGGCGGCGUGGAAAGGAUGCUACUCUACGAGAGAUAUGAAACCAAAAGCAGGACGAGCUAGUUAUAUAAAACAAGCUCGAUAUUUAACGGAAAUGGAUGCUGGAGCGUAUGCCGCAGCAAUAUGGAUUGCUGCUAUUGUACAGACGAUUACGCAUUUCAAGGAAUAACAUAUAUAUGUAUAUAUAUAUAUAUA